AUGCAGAGGGUAGAUAUAUUUGCUCUUGACUAUGAUGCUAUUCUCACUGCCAUGUAUGCAUUGCCUACUAGUGCUGACCGUGCCGGUCACCUGUGCGUACCGCCUGACCCGGGUAUCGAGCCUGCUGCUCUAGCUGCUGGUGAGGCUGCUGCUCUGGGUGCUAGUAUAUCUCCUGCUCCAGGUACAGGUGCGGCUGCUGCUCUAGGUGCUAGUGAGUCUGCUUCCUCAGGUGCGGCGGCCCCCUCUGGCACCCUGUCUGGUCUUUACCUCCCCUCGUUCUCUACGAACUUGGUGAGUGGUGCUGACCUGCAGGAUGCGGGGGUUCACCAGUUCACUCCUGCGAGUCAGCGGGUGACCCACUGCUCGGACGCUCGGACAGGCCAACACCUGGCCACGUUUACUCGUCGGCCGGGGUCGAGCCUGUACACACUUACCACUGCGUCUCCUCCAGUCCCUGCGUCUGGUCAGGUAGCUGCAUCCGGUCAGGUGUUUGCUGCAGCGUCCAGCAUGGCCUCCCGUGUCCUUGUCUCCGGUCUUCCCCGGUCCCUCCCUCCCCUUCCUCCGGGGCCUGGCCCUACCUGCGUCCCCUCUGUCGAGGGGCGGCAGCGGGCUGCCCCUCACUCCUCCCAGUUUCCUCCGACAGAGGCCCCGCUGCAGACGCUUCACAUGGACGUGUGGGGCCUGGCCCGCGUCCGUGGACAGGGCCACGAGCGCUACUUCCUGCUGGUGGUUGACGACUACUCGCGUUACACCACAGUCUUCCCCUUGCGCAGCAAGGGUGAUGUCACUGAGGUAUCAACCUUCAGCCAGGGUCUCCAUGCCGGAGACCUCCCCAGCCUUGCUGUGGACGGGGAAGGUUGGCGAUGCGUCUGCGUUCGUGUCUGGGGAUCUCGGGCGUUUGUUAGCGACUUGUCUGCGGACAAGCUGUCCCCUCGUGCUGCUCCUUGCAUCUUCCUGGGUUUCCCCCCUGACGCGCCAGGGUGGCAGUUCUACCACCCCACCUCUCGCCGUGUUCUGUCCAGCCAGGACGUCACGUUCGACGAGUCGGUCCCCUACUACCGUCUCUUCCCCUACCGCACUCCGUCCCUCCCCCCGCCACCGCUCUUCCUUGUGUCAGGUCCCCCCUCGGUAGACCCCCUCCCCCCUCAGGGUCCUGCCCCUUCAGGUGUGUCCCAGGUAGACGCUGUCGAGCCUGUCGAGGUCGCUGGUGACUCUGGUGCUGCUGAGGGUGCUGAGCCUGGGGGUGCUGACUUUGGGGGUGCUGACUCUGGGGGUGCUGAGCGUGUGGGUACUACGACUAGGGGUGCUGAGCCUGGGGGUGCUGAGUCUGGGGGUGCUGAGCCUAGGGGUGCUACGCGUGGGGGUGCUGAGCCUGGGGGUACUGAGCCUGGAGGUGCUACGCCUGGAGGUGCUGAGCCUGAGGGAGCUGGGCCUGCUCGUGGGGCGUCUGGCAGUGCUGAGCCUGGCGGUUCUCCGGGAGCUUCGUCUCGCCGGGAGCCACUCUCUCACAGGAGUUGCGUGAGUGGUUUGCCCGGCGCUGGAGGCGAGCUGCUGGAGCUGGAGGUGCUGCGGGUACAAGAGGUUCUGCUGCUCCUGUGGGUGCUGGUGCCGCGGGUCCCGGCGGUGCUCGUACUCGGAGUACUGGAGCUGCUGGGCCUGCGGAUACUUCUGGAGCGGGAGCUGCUUCGGGUGCUGGCGCGGAGGCUACUGCUGUCGGUCCUGGAGGCGGUCUUGCAGAGGGUGCUACUGGUACUGCUGGAGGUACUGGAGCUGGAGGUGCUGCUGGUGUUGGUGCUGCCGCUGGGGGUACUGGUGUUGUCCCUGCUAGUGUCCACAGCCUGUCCCGUCACAGUUACAGUUACAGCCGACCUCCCACUGCCUGCUCCGUCUCCCUACACUGGUCCUACUGGAGGUCUUGCUGAGCGUCGUGAGCCUGCGUCUCGCCCUGCGUCGCCUGUCCGUGCUGCUCGCACUAGUGGUCGCGGUUCGCGUCAGCGUCCUCCUCCUGUCCCUGGCACGCACCGGAUGUCUCUGCGUCCGUCCACUGCUCCUCUGCAUGCCCCUUUGCCUUCUCCUCCCGAGUCUUCUCUUCCUGCUCUUGCCGACCCGGAGUCGGACUCUCUUCGUGCUGCCAGUCCUACUGUCACGCGUCUCCUUGCUACUGUUGUCACUGACCCUUCGUUUGAGUCCACUGUUGCGUCUGCCCUAGUUGCUGAGCUUGUCGACUUUGCUGCUCGCUGUCGUCUAGACUACGCUGCCAGUCUUGUUGCUGAGUCUGAGUCUGUCUGUCCUCCGUCCGUCGGGGACCCGGAUGCACUUGACAUCCCAACUCCGCGCUCUUACGCGGAGGCGAUAGAGGGUCCCUACUCCUCUCAGUGGCAGACAGCUAUGGACGCAGAGAUGGCUUCCUGGAAGUCCACAGGCACCUACGUUGACGCCGUUCCCCCGCCUGGGGCGAACAUCGUCAGUGGCAUACAGCGGCAGGGAGUUGACUACUUUCAGACCUUCUCUCCCACCCUGAUGAAGAUGACCACUCUUCGGGUACUGCUGCACGUUGCUGCUCACCGUGACUACGAGCUGCACUCUCUCGACUUCAGCACAGCUUUCUUGCAGGGCAGCCUGCACGAGGAGAUCUGGCUGCGCCGCCCACCUGGCUUCACUGGGUCGUUCCCUCCUGGUACCUACUGGAGCCUCCGGCGUCCAGUUUACGGUCUCUGCCAGGCGCCACGUGAGUCGCACGACACACCGAGGACUACACUUGCGGCUCUUGGGUUUGCUCCUUCUACUGCCGACCCGUCUCUGUUUCUACGCAUCGACACCUCUCUGCCGCCGUUCUACAUCCUCGUGUACGUCGACGACUUGGUCUUUGCCACAGAACUCGCCUACGUGAAGUCCGAGCUGCAGAAGAGACACACGUGUACAGACCUGGGUGAAUUGCGCAGCUACCUUGGCUUGCAGAUCACCCGGGACAGAGCACGCCGCACCAUUACCCUGACUCAGUCACACAUGGUGCAGCAGGUCCUUCAGCGCUUCGGCUUCACGUACUCCUCGCCUCAGGCCACUCCUCUGCCUACUCGCCACUCGCUCUCAGCUCUGCCUUCGGAUGAGUCCGUAGAGUCGACUGGCCCGUACCCAGAGCUUGAUGGCUGCCUCAUGUACCUGAUGACCUGCACACGACCUGACCUGGCAUACCCUCUUAGCUAA